UUAUAUAUCAAAAGUCCCGAGGUAUAACUAACUGCCUACCCAAGUGAGGUACUUGACUUAUAUGGGUGAGUACAUGUGUGGUACCUAUUGACUUGAACCCGAGGGUGUGGGUAGCGUGGAACUAGUUGAAGCUACUCGGUUGACAAUGGCCCGGCAUAUGGAGAAAGCACGACAUCGAUAAAUAAGUAAUUAGGUAGGCCCUCCCCAGGACGCACCCCGCAUGUCCCGUCCCCGCUGUUACACGGCAUAUUAAAUGUAAAUGUGCGGCCGUUAAGACUUUCCAUAACUUUGUUUACGUUAGGUACCUAAAUUACCUACUUUAUUUUAUUUUAUUUUAUUUUAUUUCUUUCUAUAUGCUAAAGACACUGACUACUAGACUUGCUAUUCCCACUCCCACUCGUCUAUUUUCUUCCCAGCUUAGAAGAUACGUCACCCCGUCCAACAGCACCAUGAAGCUCCUCUACCCCACAUCUCUCAAACUCGAUAUCAAGAGUCUCGAGGGCUUCUCUACUUCCCUGCAUCCUUACGACGUCAAAGCCCCAAUCCCGGACGACCUCGCCGACGCCGAGAUCCUCGUUACCUGGACCAACAGCGCCGAGAACCUAUCCGACGCGGCACGUCGUCUGAAGAACCUACGCUGGAUCCAAUCCCUCGCUGCGGGGCCCAAUGAUGUUCUAGCCGCUGGAUUUCCCUCAAGCGUCCUCGUGACGACUGGCUCUGGUCUUCACGAUCGCACCGUCGCCGAGCAUACCCUGGGUCUACUCCUCACGGCCGCCCGCCGCUUCGACCAGAUGCGCGAGUACCAACUACAACGCGAGUGGCCGCAGCACCUAGGCGGUCCGCAGCCCGACCGCCCAAAGGACCGCUUCACCACCCUGCGCGACGCGAAUAUCCUCAUCUGGGGCUACGGCAACAUCGCUAAAACACUAGCCCCGCACCUGACGGCAUGGGGCGCAACCGUACGCGGUGUGGCUAGAUCGGCGGGCGUAAGACAGGGCGUGGAGGUGUACGCGGAGGACAAGCUGCCGGAACUUCUGCCCCAGACCGACGCGCUGGUGAUGAUCCUGCCCGGCUCGGACAGCACGCGCGACGUCCUGAACAAGCAGCGGUUAGCGCUGCUGCCGGCGCACGCGUGGGUGGUCAACGUCGGGCGGGGCACGAGUAUAGACGAGGAGGCGCUGGCGGACGCGCUGGAGCAAGGCAAGAUCGGGGGCGCGGCGCUGGACGUGUUCAAGAAGGAGCCGCUGCCGAAGGACUCGAGGUUAUGGGGCGCGCCGAAUUUGUUGGUUAGUCCGCAUGCGGCGGGUGGGCGGCCGCAGGACGCGGAGCAGCUUAUUGCGUAUAACCUGAGGAGGUUUUUGGCGGGGCAGGAGUUGAGGAAUUUGGUGUAGUUGUUAUGGAGGAAUCUGUAGGGGGGUUGGGAGGGGGAGGUGGACGUGGAUGUGGAUGUGGAUGUGGAUGUGGACGUGGGAAAUAGGGGUUGAACUCGAUAAGAGAGAUCCCCUGGACUCGGAGGUUGUGCGAGGGGGAUGGGGGAGUAUUAUAAUUCCCUUGUUCUUGGGAUUGUCGCUUUGAAGGUAAGAUGGCUACUUGAGAUAUGCAUAUAGCAGCGUUCGUCGAGGAUGAUAGUGAAUAGUUAUAGACAAGUCUUACUGUACUUACUUUUAUCCACGUGGUUAAAAGUUAUCGAGUUACUUCGUGACUCUAGGGGUAUUCUUAAGGCUAUUAUAUGCCGUUUUAAGAGAAAAGGAC